AUGAGCAGCCCGAAGCGAAGAAUCGAGACCGAUUGGGUAAUUUGGGCCUCGCCACUGGAUUUGACUACUAACCUCUGGACAGUGCAAGAAUUUUACGUGCGCUUCAAGGGCCCUGAAGAGACACCGUUCGCCGGCGGUCACUGGAAGAUUCAUGUCGAGUUACCCGAUCAAUAUCCCUACAAGAGUCCGAGCAUUGGUUUCGUGAACCGGAUUUUCCACCCGAAUAUCGAUGAACUGUCCGGCUCAGUGUGUCUUGAUGUUAUCAACCAAACUUGGUCGCCGAUGUACGAUAUGAUCAACAUUUUCGAGGUGUUCCUCCCUCAGCUCCUGCGCUACCCGAACCCUUCAGACCCGCUCAAUGGCGAGGCUGCUGCGAUGUUAAUGAGGGAACCCAAGAGCUACGAGGCGAAAGUGAAGGAAUACGUGGCCAAGUAUGCCAGCAAAGAGGCAGUCGAUGAAGCCGGAGAGGAUACUGAGUCCGAAGAUGAUCUAAGCUCGGCUGGAAGUUAUGAAUCUGGCCCUGAGGAGCCAGCCGGUACGAUGGAUGACGUGUAG